AUGGGAUCUGAUCAGGAUGUGAUGGACCGACACGAUCGGAUGGACAGAGUGCCAUAUGCUCACCCCUUGGCAUUGGGUUUGUCUUUAAACUACCCGUAUUCUCCCUUCAAAGACGCACAGAUUAAAACUGAGAAAUACCAAGAUCACUUGAACAGUCAACGCUACAUUGAACGCUUUUCCUACCUGUCCUACCACGGGAACUUCAGCGCUCUGGAGCCGGCGUUUAUUAACAAGCGCAACGAGAGAGAGCGGCAGCGGGUCCGGUGCGUCAACCAGGGGUACGCCAGACUCCGGCAACAUUUACCUCAGGACUUCGAGGAUAAAAGACUGAGCAAGGUAGAGACACUGCGGGCCGCCAUAGGCUACAUUAAACACCUGCAGAACCUUCUGGACCUCAGAGAAGGUCACUGAGAGACUGGACUGAUCUGAAGUAACGUAUGCUUGUUAUUAUUUCUUCACCUUAAACCUGUUAGCCAGCACUCACUCGGGGUUAACGUAGCGAUACACGUUAACGGCACUUGCUGUUUAUUGGAAGACUGUAUUGACAUGUAAUGUGGUUUAAAUGAUCACUAUUAACUAAAAGCUUAAUUGUACGUUUGUUA